AUGGAGGGAACUAGAAGGGUGGCUUCAGCAGUACCCGAAAAUGGCUUCAGCAGUUACCCCUACACAUGGGGGUGGCUUCAGUCAUACCCUCAAACUCAAGCAACUUCAGUCUUCAAGAGUUCAUCCGAUUAUUGUCAAAUUAUUAUUGAAGCUGAUCCCAUAAGCCAAAGGGCUUGGGAAGGGAGUCAAGAAGGGAUACCUAUGUACAUUGUGAAAGAAAAAUUGAAGAAGACCAUGGUGGCUCUAUUGCUAUGGAAUAUACCAGAAUUCCCUUUUUACAGCCCUAGCACACUUCCAAGCGCGUUGAAGAACUCGCCCGCGAACUCGAACGGCGUCCUCUCGAUCCCUCUGCUCUUUCUGAAGCGCCCUUUCACGCCACCGUCGCCGGAGAAGCACAUAAGGUCCUUGCUCGUGAAACGAUACGGCCCAACAAGGAACAACAAUCGCAGAAUAAGCGACUACGACGGAAUAAAAAGUCUCACUUUUGCAAAAGCAAACCCCGAACAAGAUCCCAAUUUUGCAGAAGAUGAAAAGAUUGACAUGGAACGAGAUGCUGAUCGACGAUGA